CGACGCCAGGCUGAGGGGCUUCCAUGUAUAUAUGUAGACAUGUGACAAAUAGACAUAAACACGGGUUCUCGUGCAAAAUUAUUCGCCGCUGUCGUUGAGAGCAGCGAUGCAGAGACUGUCCAGCGUCGGAUUGUCGCCGACGCUUCGCUACUGUACGUCGACGUGCAACAUUUCCAGGCGUUAUGCGACGUCCCCUUCGCCCUACACUUCGCUGUCCUCAUCAUCACCACCCGCCUCACCAGACUCUCAGCGGCCCUCUUCUAGCAGACAACAAGUACCGCUAGAAAGGGCAGCGGCACUCGCGGGGGGUGCAAAGUAUGGCAACCCCUUCCCAGACCUCUCGAAACCCGAUGCCCUCCUCGAUACGGCAGACAUCAGAAAUUGGAAACCUACUAAACGCGGAUUUAGAAAUCGCCUCGUUGCACGGAACGAUCCCUCUAUCUUCGAGUGGGCACAGAUGAUGGAUUCUUUGGAAGAAGUAGAGAAGAACGGCGGAAACUUGGAGGUUGAGGGUGUCGCAGAAGCAGAGGAGGACAGACACCAGGACGAGGCACGUAACGUCAUCGCAAUGGCGUCCGCCUCGCGUUUCUCCUCCGAAGAGCUUCGCAAUCUACACGUCUACCCCCUCAUCGUGCGUCGCGUCACGCAACAGACCGGCAAGGGCAAGAUUCACUCCAUGUACGUCCUAGUCGUCGUCGGGAAUGGCGACGGACUUGUAGGGUAUGGCGAGGCCAAGGACGACGAGAUGCCCGUUGCGCGCGACAAAGCGUAUGCGAAGGCUCUUCGAAACCUCGAUUACGUGGAGCGCUUCGAGAAUCGGACGCUGUGGACGGACGUCGAAGCCAAGUUUGGUGCAACGCGCAUCAUCUUGCGCCCGCGUCCAGUCGGGUUCGGGUUGCAUUGCAAUCCCAACGUCCACCAGGUACUCAAAGCUGCCGGUAUUAAGGAUGCGAGUGCAAAAGUAUGGGGGAGUCGCAAUCCUUUAAGUGUCAUUAAGACGUUGUUCCGCAUACUUCAUGCAGGAAACGCCCCCCUUGCAAUGGGUGACGGAGUUGGUGGCGGGGCUAGGCGACUAGAUAAGGGUUCUGGGUUGCGCGGUAAAGAUGCCGUCGAACGCGAUCGCGGAAGGAAACUAGUGGAUUUGAGGACAUGUUGAGACGAGGCAUCCGUCUUCCUCACAUACUAACUUACUUUGUCUCGCAGUAUCGGUCAUUGCAGAUGUUCAUCUCGGAUAUCCGCCCGGAAUCUUUAUUUGACACGUUGGUUAGCAAGAAAUCUGAAACAGCUAACGCACG